AUGACAACAAAAUCCAACAUUGCAACAACAGGAAAGGUUUCUGCCAAUACAGUGCUUCCUGGAAUAUACAGUCGUUCUGGCUCAAUCAUCUCCACUCCAGAAUUCACCUGGGACUCGCUUCGCAAGCAUGCUCGUCAACUGGAAUAUGAAAUUGAUUCUGGACUCGUCAGUUUCUCAAAAGUUGCAUCCAACCCUACAAACAGCACUGUGAUGGGAACUCACAGUUCUUUGAAUGAUUCUACACAUGGAAGUACAUCUACUCAGCCAUUCUCCAGUUCUUUUUCUGCUUCUCAAAGCAUUGAGCAAGACUUGGACAAUUUGUUGAAUCAGCUUACAACUACAAUCAACUCCAUGUCUGCAUACCUUGAGGGUCCUGGAUCAACUCAUCCCUCUAGAGCAUCCAUGACGCAUCUUCUUCAUCGUCACAGAUCCAAUCAAUUCGAAUACUCUAAAGAGUUUCGAAAAACCAGAACAAAUAUUCUCGCCAAAAAAGAACAUGCCGAAUUGCUAAGCUCCAUUCACAACGAUAUCAAUCCGCAUAGAUCUGGAAACUCCAGGGAUUACUAUUUAUCUGAACGAGAACGACUGGAACAAACAAAUACCAUGGCUGAUGAUAUUUUCCAAAAUGCAAUGGAUGCACAUGAUGAUUUGGGUCGUCAGAGAUCUUCACUUUUUGGAUCACAUGGACGUAUUGCCGGCAUUCUGAAUCGGUUUCCUCAACUGAAUAAUACUCUUAGUCGUAUUAAUAGUCGCAAAUUUCGUGAUACCUGGAUCAUGGGAGUAGUCCUUGGUGUUGGCAUGUGUGUGCUAUUGCUGUACGCGUUGAGUUAGUAUUCUUUUUUUUAAAUACACAUGAAUAUAUA